UUGGAAACUAUUUUUCCCGUAGUGUAAAGGCGGUGGCACAGGCUGCCAACCACCAACAAUGUACAUCUUCAUUCAAUGUAGAAUUAAAAUGGUGCUUGUUCUAGAGAGGAGAUUAAACUUCUCGGAAAUCAAAAAGAAUAAUAUGUUCUAUUGUUAUUUUAAAAUAGGCAAGCAAUCGGUUCACAGUUCACUUAUCCUCUAAGUGACUGGUUAGUGGCUUUCCCUGAGUAGCCAUUUUUGGAUUCAUCGCUUGUUUUCGGCAACCACCUCCGCGUCUUGCUCUCGUUCUCGUACAUGUAUGUUUUGUUAUUGAAAACCGAUGUAGCGGUCGGUGUCGUAUUUGUACGGAUGGAAGUUGUAAUUUGAAUGGAUGUUCAUGGUUUUUCGACUUUCACGAUCACAAGCUCUGUCUAGAUUAGCGGCUGAAGGUUUGGUUGUGUCGUUCCCUUGUCUAAGUGUCUAUUGACACGGCGUGUGCUGUCUUGUUGACUUGCUGACAGUCGGGUCAAAUAGAUUCUUAAGUCGUCUGCCACCAUGUAUACGAAUGGAAGCAGGGUUUCCUCUGCGUCCGCAUCCGCACCAAAACGCAAGCUUGAAAACGGAGGGAGUGAUGAUACACCUGACGGAAUGCCAGCUAAGCAACAUAAUUAUGGCGAAAAUUUGAAUGCAGCUAGAAGCAAGCAUCUUUAUGGUGACAAUUUAAAUGUUCCAUCUAGAUCGACUCAAAUUAAUCAACACAGCUACGAUUCGCUAAGUUCUUCCUCCAGAGGUGCUUCUUAUGGUGAUCAUGCAAAACAACACAAUUAUGGUGAUAGUUCAAGCCAAUCAGCAAGAACUGCAUCUUCAAGUCAGCAUAAUUAUUCAGAUAGUAUGAACUCAAAGCAAAUUAUGAAUGUAAACCACUCAAACCAUAGAGAAGUAUCUGGACCAGGAUCCCUCAAGCAGUAUCACCAGUAUUCGUAUGACGGCAUGUGCCCACCUCCCAAUCACUACAAUUACGCUGAUAGUAAAGGGCCCAUGCAGCAGUACAGCUACAAGAUGGAGUCAAGCAACCAAGCUAUUCGCCAAGGUUCUCCUUAUCCACCUGGCCCAGGCCGUUAUGGGCAACUCAAUGGCAUGGGAGGGCCGGGUCGAGGCUGGAAUCCCCGAGGAAGACCACCCAUGAGGGGGCAUGGGUUUCAGAGGAAUCAGUGGCCUCCCCAAGGCCCUCCCCCUGGCCCGUCCGGUCCCAUGGGACACCCCCACAUGGGUCACCCAGGGCACAUUGUGCCUCCCUUGCUACCCCCUUUUGGUCCUCACCCACCACGAGGUUGCUAUGGAGGUCAUGGGGGACCAAGGCCUAUGCCUUUAUUUGGCCAUCAAGGGAAUCAAUUAGGUGGACGCAACCAGGGUGGCUAUCAAAUGGGAGCUCACCAGAAAUCUAAGAACAAGAAAAGACAAGAAGAUUCUAAUUGUGUUGAUACAAAUACUAUUCCCUCAAAAGCUAAAGGAGGAGUGUUGCUUUCGCCUGAUAAUAAGCCUCUAAAGCCUAGGAAGCGAACAGUGUUACCAACUUUCCCAAGCAGGCCAUGGAAUAGAGAUGAUGCUGAAAAGGCUCUAAAAGUUGAACUGGAGACGACCCUGAACCUCAAAAAUGAAAGUUUAAUUAUUCGGUUUCCUGAUCCAGAACUUUCACGGGACAUUGUCAAAACCUAUCAUCCCAGUAUACAAAAUGUCCAUUUCCAGGUCCCUAGUGGUCCCAGGUACUGUUUUGUUCAACUAGCACCUGAUGCCAACACAGAAAAAGUUAUUAAAAUGUUGGAAAAUGUGAAAUUUGGUUCAGGCCAUUUAUCUGUUGAGAAGAAAAGCACUAAACAAGAAGAAGAGGCAUCACCAGAAUCUAUUGACCCUUACACGUUAUACAUUGGAAAUCUUCCAACAAAUGUCAAUAUUCAAACAGUUAAAGAAAAAUUCCCAGAGGCAGCUAGAGUUGAUGUUGGUUUUGCUCAGCGAAUGCGAUACACAAGGUAUGCUUUUAUCAGAUUUAACUCUGUUGAUGAGGCUAUUAAGGCCUAUAAGGAAAACCACAAUCUUGUUCUCGAUUCACGUAGCAUUAUUGUAAGAUUCAGAAGGCAGAAAGGUCAAAUAGACCUUCCUGGUGAAGCAAAACCUCAACAACCUUCCAAAGUCAAUGUUCGAACUGCUGAUACCAAGAAAAAUGAUGAAGACAAUAAAAAUGAUAAAACUAAAAAGGAGCCUAAGGGUGGAGAUGAAGAGGAAGAUAAAGAUGAAGAGGAAGAUGAAGAUGAUGAUGAAGAGGAAGAAGAAAAUGUUGAUGAUGAUGAUGAUGACGACGACGACGCAGUUGGUGGAGCACAAGAUGAUGAUGAUGAUGAUGAGGAAGAGGAUGGUCGCAAACCUCUUGAUGAUGAUGAUGACGAUGAUGACGAUCAAGUAGGAGGGCCAGCCUUACCUCCAGACGAUGAUGACGAUGAUGAUAACAUCUUCCGUGAACUAGAUGCACAUCUUGGAGGGUAUGAUGGAUUUCCUUUCAACUUUAACUGAUUCUUGACAAUUGCAGUGGAACCAACUAAUGGCAUAGAGGAGAAAUCUCGAUUUUUACCAAGCAAUGUGCCAGCAAUGUUAUGAAUUGGUUCGCUCCAUUAUAUUAAAGAAUUAGAGGGAAUUACAUUAACAGUGAUAAAGACCUAAAGCUUCAAUUAUUUACCUGGUUUCAUUUAUUUUUAUUUUCUUCAUUCCGGUGUCUUAUUAAUCUACUGUGAGAUGUUUGUUCUGUUUUUGUUUUUGUCAUGUGUAGUGCUUUGUACAUAACUGGUGUAGAUGAGGUAUGAAUGGCUUUUUUUUAGUAAUGUUUAUUUUAUUCUUAUUAACACUUUGUUAUGAUUGUAAAUACCCUUUUUGGUAUUAUAGUUUAUUACCUGAAUUGUAUUAUUAAGUAUUUUCAGUGACGUAUAUGAAGGCUGUGCCAGGUCAUGUCUUAUUUAUUUUAGUUAUUGAUGGUUUUUUUACAGUUUAUUAAUAUUUCAGAAUUGUUUUCAAAUCACAUACGAACAGUACAUAAACACUCAGUCAAAUCAUUUAGGCAGACAUUAUCUGCCCCAAAGUUUUUCAAGUUUUAAUUUGAUUGCACGUCCUUGAAAGGCUCUUGCUGUGUCUCAUUAUUUAAUUAAUUUUUUUCCAUAUUGACUGAGGAUAUUAAUUUGUUGUUGUUCUAUUGACUGAGCUUUAUAAACUGAAUUCUGUCUAUAAAUUACCUUUAAAUUUUCGUUUGACUAUAGAUAAGGAUAAUCAAAGCGUUGCCUGUCCGUGAUAUUUUAAAAAUUCCAUGAUCAUGUAAAUCAACUACCGAGGCAAAAUCCUUUUUUUUUUUUUUUUUUUGCUUUUAUUAUGCCUGCUAUUCAAUCUUGAAGUGUUUGUAUUGAGGAACGUUAAUUUUCAAUGUUGUACUUUUUGGGUAAUUUCUGUGUUUCUUUUCAUCUUGUCUACACUGUAACAUCAAUGCUUUACAGUUAUUUUUUUUGUAACAAACUUUUGAAUUUGUCAGCUACUAGAGCUGGCAAUAUCAUUAUCUGUGAUUUAAGCUUGUGCUCUCUCUUUUUAAUUUUCUUGUAUCUGUGUGUGAAGGGUUAUUUUUCAAUUUCCCAAUGAUUUUUAAUCUAUUGCAAACCCAGUUGGUCAAACUUUGGUAACGUGGUGUCAGUUCUCUUCAUACUAGGAUCUUAUAUCGUCCAUCUCCUCUUUUUUAAAAAUUUUGGAUUUGUUACAAAUGAUCUCAAUUAGUACACUGUACAUUAGCAAACUUAAGGCCAUUGCAAUUUAAUUCAGCUGAAAUACUUCAAACAAAACUCAACUCAGUUAGAUUCAUUAGUAAUUAUGAUUAUUUUUAAAUCUGUCAAAUGAUUUUAUGCAAGCAAACAUGGUCUGCCAAACAGUUUGUAAUAGUCCAUGCUAGUAUUUCAAUUUACCAUAGGUUGUAAGUCAGAAGACUGUACCAAUGUAUAAGACCUUCUGUGAAACAUAUCUUACCCAUUUUGUGAAUGGGUACCAAUGUUUUAUUAACAUUUAUCUUUUUCUCCAAUCUUUGUACUGCACACUUAUUUGCAUCAUGAUAGUUUUGCUGUGGAUUCUGUAACUAGGGCAGUUAAGUGUGCAGAGGAGCCUCUACUCAGUCUGCAGCCUUCCCACUUAGCAAAUUCUUUGUGCUGAUACAGAAAUUGUGCAGAAGAAGGGCAAUCUAGGCUGGAGUAGUAAGAGACACUCUAAGACUUUUGAGUAAUAAAUUGUUUUUCGCGUCCUGUUUGUGCUAUACUCCUUUCACUUUUAACCGUUGAUUCUCUUUCAUAGCCACUUUUGACUUGUCCUCGGAAGUGCGUUAGUAAUUUGAAAUAUCUGUACUAUAUAUCAGCUCCCCUGAAACUAUUUUUGAUAUUGGUGCAGUCUUUGAAAUAAUUUACUGGUAACUUUUCUGUAUGUACAAAGUAGAUCAAAAACUACCUGAUGUGUAUCUGUAUGCAAUUUUAAGUUGUUGAAUCCAGUCAUUGCGGGUUUUCUUAGAUUGUCCAGUCCAGUAUACUACAUCUGUCAUGUAGCUCUUUACUUCUGGAAGGUUCCCGCACCUCUCAUUUGUAGUGUCUGUUUAUAAUACCAAGAAGCAAUUUUGAUCGGGCUUUCAGUUCUCUUGCACUGUGUAUCAUGUAUUUUGCCAGUAUUAUGAAAAUUACAUCCAUGACUUCUCACCAGUAUUUUAAUAUGUGUGAUCUUAUGUUUUAUGUUAUUUUAUGUACCUUUUAUAAAUACAAAAGGGUUUAACACCACAAAAUAUCAGAAAAUGUCAAGUGUCCAAUGUUGUAUUUUCCCAUGAUUUCUUGCCAAGCCCCUUUUCAAAUAAAGGAGAGCCACAGAACAGA